AGUUUUGUAAGUUUUUUUAACUUUUUGAAUGGUGACAACGAUACUUUUGCUCAAAAUGUAUUUCCAGUUUCAUUUUUGAACAUGACCACCAAUAUGAAAGAGAUGUUUCCCUAAGCAGAGGAAUGCCAAUGGCGGAAACAUGGCAGUCGGGUCAGGAGGUUGUGGCGGUUUAUGACUUCCGCGGCACAACGAAAGAGGACCUGCCCUUUGCUAAAGGCGAUGUUCUUACUAUUGUCAAGGGAACCAGGGAUGUGAACUGGUACAAGGCGAAGAAGGGUACGGGUGAGGAAGGGAUGAUUCCUGCCACAUAUGUCCAGAAACGAAAAGAAGUCUCACUACAUGCUAUGCCAUGGUUCCAUGGUAAAAUAGACCGAGAUAAGGCCACCGACCUAUUGAACCCAAUGAAAGAUGGACUAUUUCUUGUUCGAGAAAGUGUAAACUUUCCCGGCGACUAUACUUUAAGUGUGUGCUGUGCAAAUAAAGUGGAACAUUACAGAAUUAUAUAUAAGCAAAACAAAUUGACGAUAGAUGAGGAGUGCUACUUUGACAAUUUGCCCCAGCUAGUGGAGCACUACACGAAGGAUGCAGAUGGCCUUUGCACAAAGUUGCUCACUCCACUGCCAAAGCAGGGAGGCAACUUUUUCUCCGUGUCGCCAGACGACUUCAAGUCCGGGGGCUGGACCCUCUCAUAUAAAGAACUCACCAUCGGCGAGCUUGUGGGGAAGGGAGAAUUUGGAGAUGUGCACAAGGGUCUGUUCAAGGGUGGGCCAGUGGCCAUCAAGAAACUGAAGGAUGAUAAUCGAGCUGCUCAGGCUUUCCUACAGGAGGCCUCACUCAUGACGACAGUACGUCAUCCAAACCUAGUGUCGCUGAUUGGGAUUGUGCAGGACGACACAAUCUACCUGGUGCUUGAGUACAUGGGCAAGGGCAACUUGGUAGAGUAUCUGCGCUCACGGGGGCGCAGCGUCAUUACCAAGAAUGACCAGAUCAACUUUGCCACAGAUACCGCUAAUGGUAUGACAUACUUAGAAACGAGAAAACUGGUCCAUAGAGAUUUAGCAGCUAGAAAUGUUCUCGUCAAUGAUGAAGGAACAGCAAAGGUAUCAGACUUUGGUCUAGCCAACCGUAUAGACUACAACCCAGCCCAGGUGGGAGGCAAGUUCCCGAUCAAGUGGACUGCCCCGGAGAGUCUCAGGGACAAUAAAUUCACAAGUAAAUCCGACAUGUGGAGUUUUGGUAUCUUGUUGUGGGAAAUAUACUCAUUUGGUCGUGUUCCCUAUCCUAGAAUUCCAUUAGCGGACGUUGUGAUGCACGUGGAGAGAGGGUACCGGAUGGAGGCCCCAGAGGGCUGCCCCCCAGAGAUCUACACCAUCAUGACAGAUGCCUGGAAGAAGGACCCCAAGGAACGCCCAACCUUCGCAACUGUUCAAAAACGCCUUCAGGAACUCCAGGCACAGACUGUCUGAUCCUGGCCCCUUUACACUUAGUUAUAAAUAUGUGAUCAUAGUUUACAAUGUAUACACUACAGAAAGGCAGGAAUCUUUAUUGACCAUUCACUCAUUACAGUCAAUUUACACGCAUAUGUGCUGUGAAAUUGGGCUGUUAUGGUGUUAUGUUAGUUAAGAAAUGUCACUGCGAUUUGAAGGCUAGAAUGUUAUACAAUUCAGGCAUAUAUAUCUUUAAAUAAUGAUCAAAGACUAGAGUGCUGAUAAUUAUAUGCAUUCAUUAUUAAUAGAUAUAGAAUUGUAAGGCCAAUGGUAUUGACAUGUGUAUCAAAUAUCAAACUUAAUUUAAAAUCAAAAUACAUGGCCUUCAAUGUGAAGGGGUUUACAUUCAUACCACUUCAUUUUGAACACAUUUUAAAAUGUCUCAACAGCUAUUUAUACAAACCUUGGUAUAGAACAUUAACUUCAACAUUUAAACAACCAUAAGUUUGUUAAAAUAUAAGUUGAAUUAAGCCACCAAAUGUUAAAAGUAUCUGUCAGAAUUUUUUUUUUUUUUAAAAACAGACCAUCCCACAGGGAUUGAAGUCUUAAGGAUUUAAAUUCAUUAUUUGCUCGGCCAUACGCAUGUCUUCUGUUUAUAUAUUUGAAAAUAUUUUUGUAGUUUGAAAGCAAGACUGUAGUGACAUAGAAUGGUCAGUGUGUUAAAUCUGAUACUUGAAAAAAAUAAAAUCCUUUUCAUUUUGUUUUGCUGGCUAAUACAGACUGGCAUUGUGUCAUAUUGUGUCAUGUCAUGUUUUAUUAGUGUAGUGUUAGUUGAAGUUUAAUACAUGUGGCAAAGGAACACACUGAUAAUUUGCAGCCAGUAAUCAGUAUCAUAAAGUGAUGAAUGUUCUAGGUUUAAAAGAAUUCAGAAUUAAGUGAGUUCUACCAGCCAAUAAUUGUUUUUAUUUUAUUUAUUUAAAUUAUGAAAGCUUCUUUUAGGUACAGAUUUAAUAUAUCUGAUAGUAGAAGUGUUUGGAACAAAUUGAUGCAUUUAUUUAUGAUGCUGGAAAUAAUGAUUUCAUCCUCUAUAUCAUUUGUACAUAGUAAGCAUUUCAACCCCAUAGUAUCAUCUUUGGAUUAUUAUAUCGUUCAACAUUAUAGCAUUAGUGUAGUAGCUAUCAAUGUCUUUCCUUUUGUAGAAAGUUUGUAUCACACUUAAAGGUUAUUAAUGUUAGUUGUUGAAAUCUGUCUUUUCUUGUAUGCAAAAUGCUUUGUAUGUGUUUGUUUCAGAAAUCAGCAACAUUGAAUCUGAUGUUGGUUCUGUUGUUAUUGUAUUUGUUAAAAUAGAUACAUUUAUAUUAAUCCAUGUACAAUUGUAAAGGACCUACUUUAACUGUUAACUGCAUAAUGGCAACAAGAAGCACUCAUAGAACACUUAAAGGAAAUGAAAUUUACAUAUUUUUGGAUUUUUGUAGCCUGAGAAAUUCUAUAUGUUUGCUGAAAAUACUGCUUUCUGUGCCUUUAAGGUUAUAUUUUAUUUUCAACAUUGCUUUAUAAUGCAUGUUUACAGUUAGUUACCUACUGGUAAAUGGAGGCCAUAUUUGUUCCUGGGGUAUGGACUCUUCAUGAGCUGUAGUUUUUACUUAUUCCUGAUUACUUAUUUCAUUUCUUAAUUUUGAGCACGGAUCUAGACAUGGGGCCCAGUAACCUGCAUGUCAGAAUUCAGCCUUGUUAAUAUAUGGCUGUAUACUCGUAUGGUUAUUUGAACUGAUCCUAGUUAAUGAUACCAAGCUUUUCCCUCUGUGUUCAUGUAGAAAAUGCCUUAUGCCAUAUCAAUGAACAAUUUCUAACUGGCAAUAAAUUCAGGAGAUUGAUCAAUAAAUAAAAGUAUUGGACAAAGCCUUUCUUGAAUAUGUAAGGGGCUAUUUUUCCUCUGCUUACUUGAGUGUAAAGCUACCAUGUCAGGUCAUUCAUUCUUCUGUGUUCCUUUUGUGGUCAAAGUUUGUUGAAUAUUUAUUUUAUAUCUUCCAAAUUUCAAUGCACACACUUACCUUAAAUAUUCCAAUAGGUCAAGUAAGAAAAUACUGGUAUUAAAUAUUUCCCAUUUCAGCCUUGAUCAAGAGAAGAAUGCUUUGUGCCACAAACUAGGCUUUAAAAGUCGGUAGACCUAUUAAGAAACUAGAUUUUCGUCUGAAAGUUUAGAUUCAGGUACUUUUCUUUAAACUUGUGGGAAAAAUGCUUUAUAAUUCCAACAAGUGAAACAAAGCGUGUGUAUAUUUCUAGUGCUUGGCUGUCAUGAGGGCUAUUCUUUUCACAAGUGUUGAUUGAAGUGUUAAGUGAGCUUGAACUACGCUGCAAUGUUGAUAUAGACUAUGGCCUCUACCUCCUUUUGACCCCUAACUCAUUUAUGAAAACAGAAUCAUGGCCUAUCAGAACCACUGAUUUGUUCAAAUCAAUUAUCAGUCAUUAUUUAGAUAACAGGUGUGAGAAUUGUGAAACUGAACCACAUGAAGAGCUCUUUAAAGGGAUAACAAUUCAAUUGUUGCUGGUUAAUCAUAAAAAACUGAAACCAGAAGGGUGUCAUAUAGUAAUCCUUCCAUCCGUCCCCAUGGUUUCCAUCUUUUGAGUGCUUGGGCCCAGGGACCUCAAACUUGGUAGGCAGUUUGGUCAUGACCAGUAGAUGAAUCCAAUUGAUUUUGUUGCAAGUCAGUCAAAGGUCACGGUAACCCUGAGCUGAAAAUCUAACCUUUAUUGAUAAUGGAUACCAAGAUUUAGAUAUGCUAAACAUGAUAAAGCCAUUUACCUAGAUCAUUCGCUUGAACAUUAUCCAGUGCUAGUUAUUUUGUUUCCCCAUUCUCAUUUACAAUAAAGGCUAUUUUUUCAUACCAUUCUUUUAAUCCAGGUUUUCAUUUAAAAGUUGAGUCCUGGCAAUGUUUUCUCUAACUUAUGUAAAGUGUUCACAUACAUACAUGCUAAAUAAAGCCCAACUGUCUCGUUUAUAAGUACAACAGACACGAGUAGACAUCCAUCCCAUCUUUCUGUUAUUAUCUAUGUGUUCAUCCUUUGCUCUUUAAAAAUAUUAGUGCAUACAUGCCAUAUUUCUGAGAGUCUUCCCAGGGGAUUUUGAUAUUACACCAGGGGAUUUUUACGCGGCGAAAAUUUGCGCAAUAUCUGCAUUUAUAAUAUAAGAAUGAAUACAGAAAUUCAUUCAAAUUACAAUAAUUUUUGGACUUACCCAUCAUGGUCCUUCAUGGAAUUUCACACUCAUAAUAUUAUUGAUGCUUUCCACUGUCAACCUUGAGCAAGUUUUGAAAAAAAAAAAAAAUAAUUAAAUUCCAGGGGAUAUGGAUCCCCCGGCAGGGGACCAGGGGAUGGGUCGAAAUUUCGGGGGAUAUGGCAUGUAUGUUAGUGUUCAAUGUUUCAAAACUCCAUGGGAAGAGGCUAUCUGUCCAUAUGGGUCCAGAUACUAAUGGCCAUCUGUCCAAGGCAGUCUUUUGGGGGCAUUUGUCACAUUCCUGGGACAGUUUUUGUUCUCCAAGGUCGUGCAUGUAAAGGUAUCUUUUCCUCUAGUGAUUCACUUAUAGAAAAGGGAUAUUUCUUAUCACCUGCAUAUCGGAAGCUCUCAUAAAGCAUACGAUUGUGCAAAUAGUUGAAAGCAAAAUCAAUAUAUUUUGUAUUUAAUCUGUUUGUCUUGAUUUUGUUUUGUAGUACUGACUGUUUAAUGAAACAUCAAAACAUACAUUUAUUUAGAGGGUUGCUCAAACAAUCCAGCUUUUGAAAAAUAUCAAAGUGAAUAAAUUUAAAAAAAAGUUUCCUGAACUUGGAUUUAUUUCGAAAUUUAAUCCAAACUUGUACUAUAUACUAUGUAUUUUUUUUUAAUAUUCUUUCCUAUAAAAAUAGAAAUUUAAAUAACAUACUUUAAAAAAAAAGUUCUUGUAAUCUAGUGUUAUGCAUAUAGUUGUUUUCCAAUGUGUCUUGUGCUCUUAAUUGACAUUAUACUUGUUGAUGUUGAUGUGAAAUCAUGAGGAGGUUUUGCUCAUAUUUUCAUGGUUGUUCACUAUACUUAUAUUGUUAAAACAAGCUCAACCUUAAAAGUCACCUUCCUUUUUAGCGCUGGUGGCAUUGUCAUAGCGCUGGUGGCAUUGUCAUAGCGCUGUUGGCAUUGUCAUAGCGCUGGUGUCAUUGUCAUAGCGCUGGUGGCAUUUUCAUUGCCCUGGUGGCAUUGUCAUAGCGCUGGUGGCAUUGUCAUCAGCGGCGUUGGUUUUGGUCUGACUUCAAUAAUUGUUGAGUUAUGUCCCUUAUCCGAAAACAAAACAACAUACAAGUGUUGACAUUUGUGCUUUACACAUUCAUAAACAAUGAUAUUGGUUUUGUAGUCAUAACAGAUUUUUUUUUGUUUUUUAAAGAACUAGGCAUCUUAAGUAGGCAAAAGUAUUUUAAAAUGAGGAGUUAGACUAGUUAUUAUAAAAGCAAGUAUAUGUUUCUUUGUUAAUAGCAUGAGUUUCAGUGUGGGACAUUGUUGGAAAUAUGAGCAUGACUCUGUUUGUGACCAGGCUGGAUGGUUAUUCAAAUGUAUGGAAAUAGCUGUAUUACUUUUAUCAUAAACUGAAUAAAAUUAACUUAC